CCCGCUGCGGAACGGACUGCUCUCCGCCACUGUCCCGCCCUCCCCCUCACGGCCUAGCGCGCCCCUCAGUGCCUCUCGGACAGUGCUGGAGGGACGACGCGGGGGUUUGGUGAGGUGACGAGACACAGUGACACGGAGAGAGACAGUGAGAGAAAGAAGCAGCGAGCUAGAUUAAGCAAAAUUCCCGAACGAGUGAGCAAAGGAGAGAAAGAGGCGAGAGAGAGUGAGGGAGGGCCAAGGUCAGCGGAAAGAGGAGGAAGCACAAAGGGAAUGUACUAGAGAGAGAGAGAGAUAACGCGAUACACUGACGAGAAACAAAUAGCAGGAGGGAGGGUGUGUUUUGGCCUCUAAUUGAAAAAAGAAGUAUAUACAUCACGGAACGAAAUGUUCUAUGAGAGAAAGAGAGGGAUUAAGGUCACUCUUCCACUCUCACUCACUCUCUAAUUACUCUUCCUCCUCCUUCUCCUCCUACUCCACGCCUCCUCUCUCCUCGCACCUCACUCGAGCACAGCAUCUGGCUACCUGUUACGCGAAGAGUGUCGGGGGCGGCGCGGCACAUGAUGUACUAGCCGAGUCCCUUACAGCCUCCCGGCAGCCCCCUGAGAUACGCCGCGGCGGUCAGGGUGCGUCACUGCCUCCAGUGGCCAUCCACGCAGGCAAGAGAGAGCGACACGGGCGCAUCAAGAGAGCAAAGCAGCGGGGCGGCCUUCCUGAAGGCCAAGCAUUACCACACUCCUUCCCCCGCGGUGGUGCCACGGCCCUGCUCCUCCUCUGGGCGCAAACAGGCACGAAUACAAAGUCUGGACUCCCGAGACUGUUCGUCCAUCAAAGAGUUUUUCAGUAGAUGUAGAUGCCGGCGUGUGUUUCCUGAAAGGUCACAGUGCCAGGUCACGGUGCCACUGGUCACAGGUGCUGGAGGGUCAGUUCUCAGUGGCGGGGUCAGAGGCGCGCUGGGGCCAUGCGGUGUUAGCGGCGGGGAGGGAGGCAGGUGGCCCCAGCAGGCGCGCGUGUGACCUGUAAUGAGGAGCCGUGACCUGGUACGAGCCUCCAGGUGGUGUCGCACCAGCGGUGGCGGUGGCGGCGGCGGCCGGGCCCCCCACCUCGCGCCGCCCCCAGCAUGCGGUAGUGCCCCGGGCAGCUCUUCUUAGUCUCCCGCUGUCUACCAGCCGCCAGCAUGACUCCCCAGGUGGCCUUGCUCCUCGCCGUCCUCCUCGCAGCAUGCAGUUUGCCAGCCUCGGGGGCUCGGGGCGGCAAGGCAGCAAAAGGAGCGGGAAGCGGCUACAGCAGCGGCCAUGGAUUUACCAACUACAGAGCAAGAGAGGUUACUUGGGAAGACAUCGUGCUGGCCAUGCAGCUGUCCUCCAUGUGCUUCGGGGCGCUGCUGGCGCUGUGUGUGGUGGCCUGCUGCGCCUACCACAUCUGUGGACCUGCCGAGGAGCUCGACUACGGCCGUUACUCCACGUUCAAGAGCGACCAUUCGCGUCUGCCCCCGGAGAUCCCGGAGAUCUACACUCUGCCCGCCACCACGAGCCUCCUCCAGCAGGAGUCCCGGCCUGGGUCUGCUGUGAAGCAGCCUUCCACUCUCCCCCAGCCCUCGCCCUCCAUCCACGCCAGCCGCCCAGCGGAGGUGGCCCAGGUCGGGACAAUGAGUGGCUUCAUGGAGGGCCGCAUCAGGGCGGCGUCUGUAGGCAGGGACAUCAGGGAGUCUUUAGGAGGGCAGAGGACUGCCCUGGCUGGCCACCUGCCUAACGGGAGGCUUCGUGGCCCCACGGCUGGCGAGACGACGCCGCCGCUGCUCCGCCGCCCUCUCACCGUCCAGAACACGCGGGCAGACGUGUGCCGGCCGCCGCGUCUCCUCAACCUCAACUGCAUGGUGGACGGGAGGCCCCGCCUGCUGACGCUGUCCGCCAUGACGUCGUCGCGGGCGGCACGAGAGGUGGCGGGGCGCGGAGCAGCCAACAGACUGGCCGCCCAUGACCAGACCAGCUCAACUCUCGACCUGGCCCGCGCCGCCGCCGCCUCCAUACCCUCGCUCUCUCACACCCACAGAUCCUUCUCCGAGCCGCACACCUCCCUCGUCUAGUGAGGGCGGGGUGUGAGCGCCCCAUGCGGGUGGCGUGUGGCAUCAGUUUUACAGUGGCCGUCCGGAAUGACGACGGAACUCUUCGCGGUGAGGUCUGCGGCACCAGCGGUGGCGGCUGAGGUGUGUAUUGUGAGUGGCGAUGAGGCGGAUAUAGUGUAGUUUCAGCAACAAAAUAACUCUGGGACCAAACAGUCGUCGAUGGUUGUAAAGUCUACCAUGGAAACACAACGGGACCUUAAUCUUAGAGCCGUGAUAGUACCUUGAGGAGGAGAAGGAGGAGGAAGAAAAAGGAGAAGGAGAAGGAAGAGGAGGAAAACGAGGGGGAGGAGAAGUAGAAACAACAGCAGCAGCAGCAGCAGCAACAGCAGUAGCAGAAGUAGCAACAGGAGCAGAAGAAAGCAGAGGGCGGACAACCUCUCCCCACCACGAGAUUGUGUUGCUGAAUCAUCGGGUAGACUCAGCUGGUCUAAUUUUACUUUAAGGAACUAAUAAUUUAUGUGUUCGUAGAUUAAUUUAGGCAUAAGAGGUUUUGUUGUCAAGUCCCCGCGUACUGCAGGGCGUGGUGUUCCUUUUUGAGUGUUACUAUGAUGAGACAAUGUUACUUUUGGGUGUGUUCAAUGGGAUUUACUUUUACGGUGUUACUUUGGGUGUACUGGCAGCGCAGUAACGUUACUUGCAGCAUGUUUGUUGUUACAACGAUCUUUUUAAGGAUUACCACUCAGUCGGUUACGUUGUCUUCCCAACCCUUCAUCCCCCCUUGCCCUCCUCUCCCAUUCCCCUCCAACACAACGAUGAUUACAGCUGUGCAAGGUGUCGCCUUCACACCUGUCCACACCCACACCUUUACCCACCCACCCUCUAACCCACCCACGCAUUCACACACACAUGGACACACACACACACACACACACACACACACACACACACACACACACAGUACAUAGGGACCAAAAAUAUAAUAAUAAUAAAUCUACACAAACCACAAGUCAACAACCGAGACCAAACUCAUGUGAUGCGGGUGCCAACUUGGUGUAGGCUUCGUGCGUUUCGUCGUAGUCACGCAAGUGUUGUUAUCAGAAAA